AGGUGGACACAACCCUGUCAAAAAGGACAGCGGAGGACAGGGGAAGGAGAGGAGGACGAGGAAGAGGAGAAGGGAAGGGAAGGAGAGCAGUGGGUGCUGCAGCCAUGUCAGACACACCUUUGCAGAGGAACGGCACAGCCACAGCGCCGAUGUCGUGUGAGGAGGCUCAGCUCCACAAAGAGAGGCUGCAGGCCUUGGCGGAGAAGCGAAAACGGCAAACAGAGAUUGAAGACAAAAGAAGCCAGCUUGAUGACCUGGUGCUACAACUACAGCAUCUCAAGUCCAAAGCCAUGCGUGAGCGAUGGCUCCUCCAGGGAAUGGGAGCGGAGGAAGAAGAGGCCCGGCGGAAACAGCUGCAACAGGAUGAAGAACAAGGGAAGAGGCUGGAAGACAUCAUACACAGGCUGGAGUCUGAAAUCGGUACACUGGAGAAUGAAGAGUCUCAGAUAUCAGCCAAAGAGCAGGUUCUACGGGAACGUCUGAAAGAGACGGAGCGCUCGAUAGAAGACCUGCAGAAGAGUCUGAUGACCCAGGAUGGAAAUGCCACCAGCUGCAUGUCCGCCCCUCUCUCGGACUGCACAGACCCCGAUCCACACCACCUUGUCCUGGCCACGCAGCCCAGGACUGGCCAACCUGCCUGCGGAGAGCACGCCAUACCAAGACCUGCAAUGUUUGCCAUGGAGAUCAACGUUCAGCAUGACCCGCAGACCGGCGAGCAGCGCAUCCUGUCCGCCAACCGCGUGAGCCCGCUGGAUGCGGCCUCACGCGGCAUCAAAGUCUACGACGAUGGCAGAAAAGUGGUCUACGAGGUCACUUCCUCCGGGGGCGUUUCCACCAGCACCUUGGAGAAUGGUUGGAGCUCUGCGCAGGUUGACCAGCUGGUCCAGCGGGCCGCCAGGCCUGCCGUACAAGGAGGAGACGGCGGCCGGGGUCAGGUGGCCGUGACUGUGACCCCGGCCGCCCCGCAGGCUUAUGUGUCCCCAGCAGAUGUUGACGAUCUGUCUCCACCCUCCUGCGCCCCGCCAUCCAUUCCUUCAAGCCCGCCAGCCCAGGUCACCCUCCAGAGGGAGACCCGGCUUGGCAUGAUCCCCCCCUCUGCUCCAAUCACAACCCAGCCCGGCUCCUCGGCCCACCCGGGCGGCGAGCUCACCUCCCAACCCGAGGCCAGCGCUGAGCACCCGGUCACCAUGGUGUUCCUCGGCUACCAGGACGUUGAGGACACGAGCGAGAGCAGGCGGCUGCUAGGUUUCGACGGCGCGGUGAAGGCCGAGGUGGUUCUGAUCGACGAAGACGACGAGAAGUCGCUGAGGGAGAAGACGGUCACCGACAUGUCCAUCAUCGACGGCACGGCGGCCGACCUCGUGUCAGGGCGGCCGGCCACGUCCGAGGCCGUCAGCACGGAACUGUCAUCCGACGGCCGUGAGCCCGACAGCACCUCCUCGCCCCCCGCCAACCCCGACGCCAAUGCGCCCCCCCCGCCCGGCCUCACCCCCGCCACAGGCUACGGCCAAACACCGGCGAUUACCACGACAACAGCAAAUGGUUUUCAAGCUUCAGUGCCAACCAGGCAUCCUCACACCGCCAUGAGAUCAUGGCGGGCAGCCGAGGAUGUCAGUGACACAAUUCCACGAGAGCGAGCCCUGAAGAGCGUCAGUUUCCAGGAAUCGGUCAGCGUUAUCACCGACAGGCCUGCGACCAUGGAACUGGAGAGCCAGCAAAUCCAACAUGGCUGCCUCAGCAGCCCCAGUAACCGAGCCCACAAUGCAGUUGGGGUGAAAGUAGAGGCUUCUGACAGCGAGGUGGUGCAGGAGGAGUUUGAUGAACAUUAUAGUACAAUCGUUGAACACCACAGCAAUUUGAUUGUCUGCUGCGUGCGUCUACAGGAGAUCCGCUACUUGGACCAGGUUUUAGACGCCGCUUCCGAAACACCCACCAACGGAAACUCUUCUCCGCCAGAACACACCGAAUCAAUCACCAUCGAUGGAAACGGUCCUUCUGUCCGCGUGUCGGCCUCGUCUCCCGGCGAUCACGGAUCAGUCGUUGUGGAGGGGCAGAGACAAACCACGUUCCUGUACCAGGAGGACUCUGCUGUGAGGACCAACGGCCAUGUGCAGGGAGAGGAGUCGGCGAGCGGCAGGGCGAAGUUUGAGCUGAGAGCGUUUCAGGAGGAGAGACGGCCAGCCAAACUCUUCACCCCUGGAGAGGAGCAGCAGGUCAGGGUGACGAGGAGGCGGCCCUCAGGGGAGGUACAGGAGCUGGAGCGUGAGCGUCAGGAGCUGAUCAAAGACCAGGCCGUGAAGAAAAACCCUGGGAUCGCCAACCGCUGGUGGAACCCUCCUCAGGAGGUUCCUUUGGAAGAACAGCUGGAUGCAGAGCAGCUUGAGUCCCUCAAGAAAUACCAGGAGAGGAAACAGCAGAAACAUACUUAUACAUACUCACAGCCCCAGGUAUCAGGUCCUCCCACAAUGGUGACCUUUGACCCAGAUCUAAACAGGAAGGAGGACAUCGUGGAGGAGCAGAUCAACUUCUCGUCUGCCAGAAGGCAGUUUCUGCAAGGGGAGGCAACCAAGAGGGACAUAGCUCCUCACAUCUACUCCGCCAAACCCUUUUCGAAAUCCAUGACUAGAGGCAGCCAGGGGAGCGGAGACAUCGUUGCAGAAACCGGGGAGGGUCACGUGGCCUGGUGUGAUGAAGGAACUGCAGCAGAAUUUACUCGUGCACGAGCUGUAAUGACAAUCCUGCCUGACGAGGAGGAAGGGAAGCACCAUUUCCAUCCAGGUUUUCACCCAGAGGAGUCCGACUCAGGAUUAGACGAGUCAUCUGUCCGUUCUCAGGACACUACUGUGUUUAGCUUGGAUAACAUUUCCGACAGUGGGGCUUCGCUACCACCUACCCCGUUGCCACUUACCCCGGUGUCACCACCUACCCCCCAGCCCACCACGCCAGUCAAUGGGCAGACCAGUGGCAGUCCAACAGAAGAGGAGCUGGACUACCACGCAGGGGUACUUGUCCAAAAUGCUAUCCAAAAUGCCCUGGCAGCUCAGGAUGGAGAGGAGUGGCAGCCUUCGGACUUGAAUUCUUCACAACUGAGCGCCCCUGUGUCUCCAUCCUCGGCUUCUUCAAGUAGCCCAGUGCCAGUUUCCUCCUCUCCUGUGUCUUCGAGCGGAGCUCCCAGCCUCCAAUCGCCUGUGUCCACCAGUCCUGCUCCAUCCAGCCUGUCCCCUCAGCCAGACAGAGGGCCAGAAGUAAGAGUCGUUUCCCAAGAGAAGCCUUCAGAAUCACAACAGGCUCUGCAGCAGCAGCAGCAGCAGCAGCAGCCCUCCAGUCCAGCACAGCGAACACAGCUCCAGACGCCUUCUCCGCCGCCUUCUCAGCCCAUCUCGCCACCCCAGAGGCCCAGAGAUGGAGGCCCCAGGAUCAAAAUCCAGUCCUCUUACGCCAGAGCCCUCGCCUCUUCCGCCCCUGCUCCGGCCCCUGCCUCUGCCGCGGCAGCUCCAGUUCCCAGGCCGACCCCAGUCUACCGUCCCCCUUCUCCCCCAAGCCCGGAGAAACCAGAGUUCAGCUACUUCAGUAAAUACUCCGAGGCGGCUGAACUGCGCAGCACGGCCGCAGCAGCACGAGGCCCCGACGCGGAGGCCGCCAGCGGGCCGUUCCGCCUGCGCUCCAACAAGCAGCGAACUCUGUCCAUGAUCGAAGAGGAGAUCCGAGCAGCUCAGCAGAGGGAGGAGGAGCUGAAGAAACAGAGGAAGGAGCAGCCUGUGGUUAUUGCCCGCCCCAGCAACGCUUCCAGCAACAGUCUCGGGCCCGUGAGGACGGGCAUGCGGCAAACCAAGAUCUCCCCAGCAGAUAAGAUGAAGAGCAACAGCCUGCCAGCUAGACUCACACUGACAGCGAAGACAGCCCCAGGAAAGAUCGAGAAAGUGCGACCUGCACCGCCCGUCUCACCCUCACCCUCAGAAGGAGCCCUGUCUGACGCCGGCAGCGAGGACUCUGGAGGACGACCCAAAAACUUCAUGCAGACGCUUAUGGAAGACUAUGAAACACACAAAGUGAAAAGGAGGGAGAAGCUAGAGGACAACAGUUAUGCCCGUUUGUUGUUGGCCAACGAGGUAACCACUGAGGUUCUGGAGGCCACUCGCGUCACUAGGAGGAAGAGCGACAUGGCGCGGAAGUGGGAAGCCGGUAUCUACGCCAACGAGGAAGGAGAGGAAGAAGAAGAAGAAGAGGAGGAAGAGGAGGAGGAGGAGGAGUAAACUGCUCCUUCCAGAGACAGUUAAAGGACAGUGUGGAGAGGAGGAGGAAGAAGAGGAGAAUGAAGCGAGGAUAGGGAAAGGAAACAGUAUUUAUUUUGCUACUAUAGUAUUCUGAUGAUCACAUGACCCGCUAGCCCGACCAAUGGGGCUCAUCGAAGAGAUGCAUCAAGUUGUGGUUUUCUGACCUGAGGAUUGAAGGCCAACAGUAUGUUAAGAGACUGAACUGAGUAUGUGAGAGACAUUUGAAGUGUUGAGGUGAGUUUGGAGAGAAAAAAAAAAAAAAAGGGUCAGUGAUGCAAGAGACACUUUGGAAGGGUUUUCUGGUGGUUUAAGAGCGCUGUUCCCGAAAUGGAUUUGGGAUGUAAGGUUUUUACUAGCUGGUAGACGCUGGAUGAACUAAAUAUUCAUAGGAUUUUUCCUUUGCCUGUAAUUUUUCUUAUUGAAAUAUGGGCUGAGAUCUAAAGGUUGCCUGAGACUUGUUGGAAAUGGGUGCUUGAUAAUUAAAUCAAAAUGUGUGGAAAUGUUUUCAUUACCAACAGAGGAAGAAAAGAAAGAAAAAGAUGCAAACGACGAGCAGGCGUGUGCAAAGUGACUAUCAAGAAACUUCUGACUGAACGUUAAAUGAGUAAAAAGCGAGGCCUAAAACGUUGAAUGAGAAAAAAGCGGGGCCUAAUUUCUGUCAUUACAGAAUUAUUUUUACCUUUUAUUGGAUGAUGCUGCGGGAAGGCUGCCGUGUUUUCCAGGCACUGAACCAAACGGGAGCCCAAGCAUCACUUUCAGAGCACGUAAAGUUGUAUCUUCUGCGUCAUAGAAGACACCCACGACGUGUUGGUGGGAGCUUUUGCAAUCCUCUUAAGCAUCUGUGUUAAAUCGUAAGUGCCGACUUGAGGGUCCUUGAACUGUUGAAUGCUAGCGAGGACGUUUGCAAAACUAGCAUCAAGGUCCAACUUUGCCUUAGACCGUCAGUAAUUGUCGGAUGCACGAUAUGUAUGAUGUAUUUUACCUUCUCCAAUUCUGUAUUGCUACAGUCUCAGUAGACCUUAGAGAAAAUACGCAACCACAUUAGAUAGAACGUCCGUCUAUAAAACACUACUGACUUCAUGUCUAUUAAGUGACGGACAGAUGGGGAAGGGGGAAGCUAACUGCGGGUCAUGUUUGCGUCACUUCAGUCAGACCGUGUAUUAAUGAAAGGGCUGGGUCGGGGGUUUUCUAUUCUAUUCUAAAAAAAAAAAUCACUUAUUUUACCUUUGCUGGCUACGUCGCUUUGUUGACCUGUGCUCUCUGAUGUAAGCAGUUGUUUCGUGUAUUAUACUGAGGUAGGACUGUGUAUUUGAUAUAUGGCUGAACAUGUAAUGUAUGUUGAGAUUCCAGUGGGGCAACUGCCGUGUUACCUUGCGAGCUGAGGAUAAAGUUUGAUGAGAAAUAUUGAAGAAGCGUGUUACCAAAAAGCAGAAUGUUGUUAUUUAGAAACGUCAGCCUCUGCGUUUUUAAAAAAUCUAUUUAAGAAGUGCUGAUUGUGUGCAUGAAGUGACACUCCUUUCCUAACCUGAAACAAGCACACAACAAACAGCGGGGGAAGAAGGCAAUCGAUUAUCAGCGCGCUGUUUCAUUAACAGGCCGCAACUGAACGUCUGUUCAUUUUCUACGUUAAUAACAUAACAGAGGGAGAUUCACGUGUUGGGGUUGUCAGUUUGUUUUAUAUAUAUUGUGAGCUUUGAUUUUUGCAGGACGGUGUGUGAUUUCCUGUUUUGUUAAAUGAAUGAAGAAUGAGUGUGGCGUUACUUUGGAUGGUCCAGGUGCAGAGAGAGCAAGGUUCAGCUUCCAAAUUAAAAGAGUAAAACAAAUUGAAACAGGAAUAAUCCCUGGAGCCUACAGGACUGUUUUCAGAUGGGGAUUUCAGAUAGAAACCUGGCGACAUUGAACCACUUAACUGAAAAGUAGCAAAAAUAGUUCUACUUUUCGGUCUUUGUUAGCUUGUUUAUUGAAGCCCUUUUGGUGUUUUGUUUUUUUCUUCAGCAUUGGGAUGUCAGGACGGUGAGAAAGAUUGUCCUGGGAAACCGCAGGUCACAGUUUAUAUCAGUGCAUCUGCCAGCGUGUCCUGUUCGAAUGUCUUUCAGUCAGGCACUGAUCUUUCUGUUUGCUCACAAACACACUGAAUAAAAGCUAUAGAAUUAAAACUGAGGUAAAGUUGCACAAAAGAUAAGGAAUCGCGGGACACAUACAGUACAUACCCUCGACAAUAAUGACUAAUAAUUAUAUUUAUUGGGACAGUCCCAUCCUGAGUGCAAAUUAUCUGACUCUAUUUAAUUAUCUAUUUUAAUAUGCUCUCUAAAUGGGAAAACCAAGGACUUGUGCCUAUGUGAUGUGUCCAUUUCGCCCUGAAACAAAAACACAUUGGUUCCAGACAAUCCUCGUCGUUCUUGUUUUUCUACACGUGAUAAUAUAUAAAAUGAAAAAAAAAGUAUGUAAAGGACUAGCGUCCCUUUUUAUGAGACGUUAUUGCGGUGCUGCAGAAAGUGCCGAUUGCCACAGUUGCAACGGAGGUACAGUGUCACCGAUGCUGAUAUGAGAUUGAUUUUUUUUGCCACAUGAGUUAAGGGACAAACAAAAUAAUAUUUUGAUGCAUUUCCAUGUGAGAGAUAUUUGAUUUUAGAGGAGCUGAAGCGGACAUGUUUUCAGUAUGAAUGACAAAUAAAGAUCCUUUGUGAUGGAUGAUGGUUUUAACAGUGGCCUAUUCUGGAUGCCAGCUGAGCAUUUAGUAUUUCUAAGCUUUAUUAUUCGCAGCACGAUUUGAGUUUUGAGCAACAAAAGCAAAUGGCUUCGUCCCUAGUGUACUGUAGCUGCUGCCACACAUUGUAAUACUGUGCUAUUAAAAUGUACACAAGCGCACACACACUGUUCUCAUUUCACCCUCAAAGGACACAAUCAAACCCCAAACCGUUUUGAGUUCUCAUUAAAUACAUAAGACUUUUGAAAUGGUUACAGACAAAAUGCGCACGCAGAGGAGUUCUAAUUGUUUGCUUUAUUAAUAUUAUUAUUAUUAUGCUUUUGUUGUUUGAAUUCUUGGUGAAAAGAUGAUUUAUUUAUCAUUUUUAAAUGCUGGUAGCUUGUUUUCACCUUCAGAAGCACCCGUGCUUCAGUGUGGGACUCACACUGUCUGUGUGUGUGCGUGUGUGUGUGUGUGCGUGCGUGUGUGUGAUAAAGCAACCUUAUUAUUACAGUAUACAGUAUAACCUCUCUUCCUAUGUUAACCACUUGUAUGCUCAUACUCUGCUUUGUUAUUUUAUAGCACAUGUACGGCUCACUGUUAUACACCUACUAUACAUAUUAUGAAUAUUUUCUCAUUAAAAACAAAACCUGUAAA